CUUCUACCAUUUUUGAUAAACAUAUGGGAAGAAAAUUAAGAACAAAAUUACAGAGAUUGAAUGGAAGAAGUAAAGGGAAUCCUGAGGCUAACAGUGAACAAAGGGACAAAUCUAGCUGUUCGCGAUAGGGCCAGUGGUACAAGUGAUCCAUACGUUGUUGCAACAUUGGAUCAUCAGAAAACUAAGACCAAAGUGGUUAAGGACGAUUGCAAUCCUGUUUGGAAUGAUGUUUUAACACUAGCAAUUAAGGAUCCUAAGGAACCAAUCAAACUUACAGUGUAUGAUAAAGACACAUUUAGUGAAGAUGAUAACCUAGGGACAGCAAAUGUAGAUGUAAAUCCAUAUCUUGAGUGCCUUGAAAUGCGUACAGAUUUAAAUGAUCUUGCUAUUGGUACUAAACUUGAGACAGUUGAACCAGAUGAACAUAAUCAUCUAGCAGAAGAGAGCUUUAUUGUAUGGAAUAAAGAUUCAAUCACACAAGAUAUGAUUCUACGAUUGAGAAAUGUGGAAACCGGUGAAAUUGAGGUGCAAAUAGAGAUCACUCCUGUGAAGGAUCCACAUUUAAUCGUUUAGGGUUUUAUGUAGAUUUUGAACUUGUAAGUGUAUAAAUUAAGUUUGUAAGUAUGGAG